AAUCAGAUUGGCUAUACACGUCAAUGUAACAGAAUCGCGAGCGGAGCUGUUGCGGCUCAUUGCACAUGUCAUAAGUAUCCGGGAGUUAGACGCCAGAGAGAAGAGACAGGGGGGUCGAAACAUCUAGAGAGCGACACAUUUACUCACUCCUUGAAAUAAAAAGGUCCAUCGGCCUAAAGGGAACAAAAUGAGCGGUCAAUAUGAGGACGAUAUCUCAGAAAGAACGGAGUGCAAAAGUAAAUCUCCAACUUUGCUCUCUUCGUACUGUAUAGAUAGUAUAUUGGGCAGGAGGAGUCCGUGUAAAAUGAGAUUGAUAGGGACGCAAAGUUUGCCAACGCUGCCCGGCAGAGCGGAGCACAAUAAGGCGGUUGAAGGUUCCCCAAAAGAUAACUUAACUUUCGACUCGGAAGUGCACCUGCCACCUAAACUGCGCCGGCUGUACGGGGGAAAAUACUUGGACUCCGACAGGGGCUUUCAUGAGCUCGGGGAAAAGGGAGACCGCGAGAGGCUGCUCGACCCAGCUACCUGUGAGAACCUCAAAAUUAUCCAGGCACCACAGGUAAGUAUCAGCCGAAGCAAAUCAUACAGGGAAAACGCCUCUCUCAGUCAGAAUACGGGCGACAAGAGCCCAGAGCAAGGGACCGAUGAGCUCGUGGAACUGGGAACGCUGAAGUUUGAGGAGGACGCGGUGAAAGAGGAGCUUUGCCGGGAGGCGGAUCUAUCCCCGAAGGCGGAAGAGGGGCUUCACAACGAUGGGGAUGUUAAAGAUGGGGAGGACAGCGUGUGCUUGUCUGCGGGAAGCGACUCGGAGGAGGGGAUGCUAAAACGAAAGCAGAGAAGAUACAGGACUACCUUCACCAGUUACCAACUGGAAGAGUUGGAGAGGGCUUUCCAGAAAACUCACUACCCGGACGUAUUCACCAGAGAAGAACUAGCAAUGCGGCUGGACCUGACGGAGGCGCGAGUACAGGUCUGGUUCCAGAACCGACGGGCGAAAUGGAGGAAGCGUGAGAAGGCAGGGGUCCAGACACAUCCUCCAGGCCUGCCGUUCCCUGGCCCCCUAGCUGCAGCUCACCCCCUGAGUCACUACCUGGAAGGUGGGCCGUUCCCCCCCCAUCACCACCCUGCCUUGGAGUCAGCCUGGACUGCUGCAGCUGCUGCUGCUGCUGCUGCUGCCUUCCCAGGGCUUCCGCCACCCCCAUCCAGCUCCACCCUGCCCCCUGCUGGUACCCCCCUUGGCCUCAGCACCUUCCUGGGUGCUGCCAUGUUCAGACAUCCCGCCUUCAUUAGUCCCACCUUUGGCAGACUCUUCUCCAGUAUGGGUCCCCUGACCAGUGCUUCCACCGCUGCUGCUCUUCUGCGCCAGCCAGCCCCCCCAGUGGAGGGUCAGGUCCAGCCCCCUGCCCUGCCAGACCCAUCCUCUACAGCGGCUGACCGUCGUGCCUCCAGCAUUGCGGCGCUGCGGCUCAAAGCGAAAGAACACUCAGCUCAGCUGACACAGCUCAAUGUCCUAUCCCCCCCUGGAACUGGCAAAGAGGUGUGCUGAGCCACCCUCUGCAGCCACCCCACCUUUCAACAAAGAGCAAGACCAAAAUCAAAAAGAUUGAUACCUGGAGAACGGAGUCACACCAACCCUCACUUCUUAACUCCCCAACCCUGUGAGCUGACCACCAGACUCUGACUGCCCUGUCCUGCCCUGUCCCCUCCAUUCCCUAACUGAGAAUCUGGUCAAAGGAGACAGGUCCUCCUAGCUUACAAACACAACACUAGGUGACAGCGUGUGGAAGGGAUCUGAGACAGGAAGUUCAACCCCCAGUACCCCCUCCCCCCCCUUAAGUUUAACUGGUAAGGACA